AGGAGCUUUCUUUCUGCUCUAGGAGGAUGCAGAACUCCUGACCUUUGUCUGGACAGUGCUAAUUGGCCCUGUUCUGAUCACAUGCACUCUCCCAAGAAAAAAAAACCUCUCUAGCAAUACACACCAAACUGAGCAUGUGCAAAGUGACUCUACAGUAUAUGUCUUAUCAGGAGAAGAGGAGGGUCAGAGAAAACAGGAUCAAACAACCUUUUUGCACAAUGCAGAGGAUUAACCCCUUAGGUUCCACAAUGAGUAUAACAAGCAUGCUUUUUUCUGCAUAUACAGACUGAUUUUACUGUUGUGGGUUUAGUAACACUUU